AUGGAACCACUACGUCAUCGACGAAAUUCUGCUUCAAGUAUUCAUUCACAAUCAGAUUCAUCUAUUGCGAAUGUUCAAUGUUCAGCCGAGCAUACACAUGCUAUUGUUCAAAGACAGAAAGACAACAAAGUCGUUCUCAUACCAUUAGAACGUUUCGUCAACUUUGGCAAGACAGUCAAAGUGAACGAGAUUGCUACUUAUAAGGAAAAGGAAGAUUCUCGAAAAGCCGAUCGAGGCAAAGUUUUAAUUUUUGGAACUGAAGAAUUAUGCGUCGAGCAGCUUCAAGUUUUAAUGGAAGAAAUCGGUAAUGAGAACGAAGAACCAUCAACAAUAUCUGCUAAUGCAAUUUCAUCAUCGUCAUCAACCACUGCAAAGGACACGAGUAAUAAAAAGCGAUUUUUAAAUAUGACGAACGAAUCAUGUAACAAGAAAAAGAAAGUGAAUAAUCAGAGUGGGAUGUCAAAUCAAUUAUUAACAUCCAAAAAUAAAUCUCAAUCAAGUAAAGCAGAUCGUCGAUUCGAUUCCCGAUCAUCAAUCAGUAUUAAUGUAACUCCUGUUGUAACAAAAACGAGUAGAAAAACAAAAGAUCAAGUUAAACGAAAAUUAUUUACGGAUUCGAACAGGUGCUCAGUCCAUGAUGAUUCCCAUGGCGAAGUCUUUGGUAACUUUUUAGAAGAUAUUCAUGAAAUUCAUGAUAUUGGGAAGGAAAAUCAGCCACCAAAUGAUACUGUCGGUGAUGAAUCUUAUUCGAAAUCAACUAAUGAUAAUCAUUAUCAAUCUGAUCCGAAAACACCUGCUAACAUUGCUUCAUCGAUUCAAUCAGAUGCUGAAGAAAUUUUUAAUUCACCUGAAGAUGAUAAAAACACAAGUUCAAGUUUAAGUGAUAUUAGUGCUGAUUUGGAAGAUGUGGAUUCAGAUCAAGUGAAAACUAUCUUGUUGAAAAAAUAUAUAAAAACCUAUAAAAAAUAUCAACAAGAAAAGCACAACACAACGAUACUGCGAGCUAAAGUCGAUUAUUAUAAAAAGAAUUACGUUCCGAUGCCUGAUGCAAGAGCUCGUGCAUGGUUUAGCCGUGUGGCAAAAGUAUUGAAUAGAAAUUUAUCAGCCAAUGAUAUUCUUGAACAUUCUAAACGAAUUGGGUUUUCCAAUCCUAAUCUACUUCUUGGUUGUAUUGGUGACAAUGGCACCGAGACAACACGAAAAAUCAUUCGAAACAUGUAUUCAAAAGAAGUAUUAUUGACCAAAGUUGGAAACGAAGCUGUAUCAAAAGAAAGACAUUUUGUUGAAGUCCAUCAUGGACUCAUUGCUGAUCAUCCAUUUAAUGAAAGCAUCAAUGGAGUCUUUCGUCAAGCAAAAUCUUACUCAAAAAAAUCAAAGGAAAAAAAAGCCGUUUCAAAAGCAUCAAAUGUUAGUCAAAGAAAAAUUAGUGAUAUGCUUCCAAAAAAGAAAUUAGCUUUAAAUGUAACAAGCAAAGUUAUGAAAACUUUUGAUGAUCCAUGUUCAAGUUCAAAUGAAGAUAACGAAAUAUAA